UGUAGUGGAACAGCCGCGAGGACAGCAAAGAUUUCGUCAUUCUGUGGGAGGGGCGGAGUGUUAACCAAACACCGGCUGUCGCGUUCCCACCACCACCAGACGGGGAAUAAUUCUGGUAGCGGGAUCGGGAGCGGUCUGUUUGCCAACAGAAAUAUCAUUUCCUUUGCCGGGUUUAGCCGGGGGUUUAGAUCAGGCCGCAGCUCGCAACAGAAGUCCACGCCAGGCUCACAGAAUGUGGCCAAAACAGACGCCGCUAACGCUACGAAACCCAAACUCGCGGCCCUCCCCCCUGCCAAGGACCUGCGUCGUCUGCUGCAGCUGGCCCGGCCGGAGAGACGACGUGUUGCAGCUGCCAUUGGCCUGCUGCUGAUCUCCAGUGCGGUGACCAUGGCAGUACCCUACAGUAUGGGCCGGGUCAUCGACACCAUCUACUCAGCCGUGGAGCAGGGUAACGUCAUGGACAACCUGAAGUGGAUCUGUAAGAUACUGGUGGUCGUCUUCAUCGUGGGAGGAUGUGCCAACGCUGGGAGGGUGUAUCUCAUGCAGAUGUCAGGCCAGAGGAUCGUGAACAGGUUACGUAAUGCCGUGUUCGGCUCCAUCAUGAAGCAGGAGACCGCGUUCUUCGACAAGACGCGGACGGGAGAGCUCAUCAACCGCCUGUCGGCGGACACCGCCCUGGUGGGCUACGCCGUGACGGAAAACAUCUCGGACGGACUGAGGUCCACGGUCGCAGUGGUGGCAGGGGUGGGCAUGAUGUUUUAUGUCUCUCCACAACUGGCAUCCAUCGUACUGACAGUGGUUCCACCGAUCAGCAUGAUCGGCAUUCUGUAUGGACGAUACGUACGCAAGAUCACCAAGAGGGUACAGGAUGCACUGGCCAAAUCCACAGAGGUAGCAGAAGAGAAGAUAGGCAACAUCCGCACAGUCAAGGCCUUUGCCAAAGAGGACAAUGAGUGUGAAAGAUACGCCGAGAAAAUUGCCACCGUCGUCAACCUUGCCAAGCAGGAAUCUUUGGCAAAGGCCGCCUUCUUUGGAUCGAUGGGGAUGGCAGGGAACCUUGUGGUCCUGUCAGUUCUGUAUGGAGGAGGCAUGAUGAUGGAAAGUGCACACAUCACUGUGGGAGACCUGUCUGCCUUCCUAAUGUACACCGGAUGGGUGGCUAUGUCUCUGGGAGGUCUGACAUCCUUCUACUCAGAACUGAUGAAGGCCAUCGGAGCGACUUCUCGACUUUGGGAGCUGGUGGACAGGAAACCAGAAAUAGCAAUAGAUGUUGGACAUGUGCCCACUGCCGCCUCUGUGCUUGGUGCCAUCAAGUUUAACGACAUCCAUUUUGCGUAUCCCUCCCGACUCGAUGUACAAGUCUUCUCCAACCUCGACCUCUCUGUCCCGGCCGGAUCUGUCACUGCCGUGGUGGGAUCCAGCGGAUCAGGAAAAUCCACCCUGGGAUCCCUGCUUCUCCGCCUGUAUGAUCCAAACCAAGGUUCAGUCACUAUUGAUGGAGAAGACAUCAGGAACCUGAAUCCACAGUGGCUCAGGACCUACGUGGGCACCGUGAGUCAAGAGCCGAUCCUGUUCUCCUGCUCUAUCCGGGAUAACAUCACGUACGGAGCGGCCGAGCCGGCUGCCGUGAGCAUGGACAAGAUCCUCCAGGCAGCCCAGGAGGCCAACGCCUUAGACUUCAUCCAGAGCUUCCCUGAUGGGUUUGAUACAGUCGUCGGGGAGAGAGGCAUCAUGCUUUCAGGUGGCCAGAGACAAAGAAUCGCAAUAGCAAGGGCACUGAUAAAGGAUCCCAGGAUCCUGCUGCUAGAUGAAGCUACCAGCGCACUGGAUGCAGAGAGUGAGUCCCUGGUGCAGGAGGCCCUGGAGAGGCUGAUGAUCGGCAGGACGGUGAUCACCAUCGCCCACAGGCUCUCCACCAUCAAGAACGCUGACACCAUCGCGGUCUUACACAAUGGAGGCAUUGUGGAGCGGGGAAGCUACGAGUCCCUCAUGGCCAUCCCCUCGGGCAUGUUCAGGAAACUGGUGGAGAAACAAACCAUCGUGGCGCGUUAGCGGCGACCAUGGCAACGCAUUCAGUAACCAACACACUUGUACGGUCAAGGACAGUUCUAGGGAAAGGUCACAGGAGCUAUCAAAUAGCGAGCUUGAUAUAACAGGUUUUGGAAGCAAGGAAAGCUGAAAGUGACUGGCAUUGUGCAUAUCAGAGAUAGUUUAUUGGAUAGUGAAAAAAAUGAAGAAAAAAAUGAAAUUAAAAAAAUCAGAAAAUUAGAAAAAAAUAUGUUAACCAAGAUGAACUUCCGUGCAAGGAAAAAGUAUAUUUUUACUGCAAAAAUUUUAAAGCUACAAAUUUGUGGGUGAGGUAAAGGCAGUUCUAGAUAAAGCAAAAUAUGAGACAAGAUGACAAUUUUGGAACACCUACCAAUCAUAUUCUUAUUCCAUGUAAUAUGUCAGUUAUUUAGAAUUAUUAGACAUUCCUCCUUUAUUUUGGUUUAUCGUCCCAGAACAGCCCCAAUCAAUAAGGAGCAAUUAAGUGCAUACAUAAGUGGAUGAAAGUAUUGUGUAGUUUUAUGGGGGCAUCAAUUGGCCUCCAUUCAAAGGUUGACUGGGAAGAUUAUAACCUUCUUUUAUGUAACAUUUUGUGACAGCCGGUCCAAUCGGUAGCCUAUUGGUAAUCUCUACCAGGCUUCAGGAAGCGGCUGGAAAGAGUAGAAAUGGGCCAAAUAGACAAAUGACUAGUUUGCCGGCAUAUCAUCUAUCAUCUUGAAAUUGAAAAUACGAAUCUACAUCCUCGCCGAAGAUGCAGUUUAUUUUUCACCUGUAUUGUUGGACUCUCUAGUGGGCAAAGGCAACUUACCACCGCAACUGCUUUUUUUUAAAAAAACGCACUGAAAUAGUAUUCAGCUUUAAUUGUUUUCAGUCUGAGAUGUACGUUAUUAUUUGCUUAAUGGCAAUGUAAUUUGUUUUUUUAUUUCUUGUGUAUGUAACUUUUAUGUGCCCACCUGUUGAAAAGCAGUCACGGAUGAAAGUGUGAUUUAAAAUAAAUGAAAUCUUAUGUAUAACUCAGGGACAGAAAAACAACCAUGUCUUGCAGGCCAGACCGUUGCCUGCAGUGAUGGCACCAGAUUUACGGUGUUUUGUGUAUACAUUCCCUCCAAGUCUAUUCCUGUGCCUUAGGGUAUAUCCUACCACUACCAGACACCUCUGUGUUUAAAACAACAACAGAGGCGUUGUCUCUAGUGGGAACUUCCUCAGACCGUAACGACCAACUUUGGAGCUUUUCAAAACAAACACGGCAGCUAUGGGGCUGUCUGACCCUAUAAGGGGGAACGGCCGGUGUGCUUACAACAGUUUUGCUGGCAUCACCUUGGGAACUACCUAGCCUCUACCAGGCUUCGGGAGGCGGUUGGAAAGAGUAGAAAUUGGCCAAAUAGAGUGCCAGUGGAGUUGGUCCGCUGGAGAGUACAAUUUGCCGCAUCCGUGGGUCGCAAAAUGUACCCUGUCUCGCCUGGUUUACUAUUCCCUUUAGUUUGGCUAAUUUGCUGGAAAGAGAAGAAAUUCGCCGAAUAGAGAGAUAACACGCCAGUGGAGUUGGUCCGCUAGAGAGUACAAUUUGCCGCAUCCUUGGGUCGCAAAAUGUACCCUCUCUCCCCUCGUAUAUUAUUUCCUUUAUUUUGGGCAAUUUCUACUAUUUUUCCAGUGAUCCGAGGUGCCUGGUAGAGGCUAGGAACUGCCAACAGUGAAGAAGAAGUGUAGAAAAAAGCGAGUUUAUAUAUUUUAUGGGUCACAUUACAUACAUGUCUAUGUUCUCGUGUUAAGAAUUAUUAUUAAUGCUGUAUACUGGUAAACCACCACAGCUUACAGGAGUAAUUUGUUUACUCUAACUCAGUAACUGUGUAAAUGUUAAUGUGGACGGGAAGUGCUUUAAAGUUGUACUUACAAAUUGUCGUCAGGUAUUUUGACCUGGAUGCCAUCGCCCAUUACUCACUGUACUAAUCAGGACAUGUGUAACAGUGUCGUUAAAGAAUGCUUUUAAGUCCGUGUUACUCAUAAUUCUGUAAUCACCGAAGUACGUAUACGCUGUUUUCGGGUGUCUUAUCAUAGCAGGUUAUAUGUAAGCUGUUUUUAUAACACGUUGUGCAAUUGUGACAAUUAUUUGUGCUGAUGAAGACCCUGUGUUAUGAGAGAAUGUUUGCUUUUAAAAGAAAUUAUUAGUACCGUACGGUAGUUUAAGGCAUUAGAUGCAAUUCUAGGGUGGCAAUACAAAAAAGAUAUUCUGAAUGAGGAAAUCUGUCUGAUAUUGACAUUCGCUGCCGUUCCUUAGUACAUUUUCAUCAUAAUUUCAUACUUAAAGCUACGUGAGAAGUCCCUUUAUUUUUUGGUACCACCAAUAUUAGCUAGAACCAGCCUGUGGUAGCAAACAACCAACAGUUUUCCGUCAGCGACAUCGUAUUUUUACCUCACAGAUUGAGAUAUCAGUAUGCUACGGAAUAGGGUUCAUUCAACUUACUACAUUAAAAAAUGACCACAAAAUUGACGUUGAAAAUCCAAUUUUACUGCCAUGAAAUUGCGUUGGGUGCCUGUGUCUGCAUGUGUAUAUUUUGUACCAGGUAUUCCAUGAAUCCAGAAAACACAUGACGUAUAUAUUGAUCGCACUCGCUGACAUGAUGACGAUAACCCAGGUCUAGGUGAAGAAGCGGGGGCGUUCAUAAUUGUAUAAAGUAUGUGUGUUUACGCCGGGGACGGAUUUUUGCUAAUCGAUUCCAUCUCGUUUCUCAGCGCCAGGCGGCACGUUCAUAAAGCUUUAUCCAGGAUGGAUGUCAAGUUUUGACAAGAAAGAUUCACCGGGUGGAAAAACGUUCCAGAUGAUGCGACCCACCUCAGCCGAUGUGCGCAAUCCAAAUGACCUUUUCCAUAUCGCCGCUUUCCAAUUGUUAUAAUGGGGGUGGCAUCUUACCCAAACACUGUUCUCUGACAGGACGCACAUGGUUUCAAUUCUGUGUGAGGGAGGCAGGGGAGAGAUAUCAUAAUCCCCUAUCUCAGAUAGAUGCUGCUAAUGUAU